GAAGUUUCACAGGACAGUGAUGUCUGCUCUUCAGUUGUUCAGGUCUAGAAACAGAAGUUGUCUCAGUGUACUCUGUUGAUCAGGCCUUGAGGAAAGUAUACACCAAGCAGACCCACUAAGGCAUGAUGAGGAGGCCGGAGGGUCUGCUGUUUAUACAGUGGAACUGUCAAGUGGACCACAUGUUUUGGUUCCCAUAGUAUAUUUUUCCCUUAUAGGAAAAUCUGUGUGAGAGACCAAGUUACCAGAAAUUUUUUCCUGUGUGUGCAUUUAGAGGUGGAGGACGCUUGAAGCAUAAGGUCAUGACUGUCAAGGUAUGAUAAUCACCUGAGAGCGAGCACUCAUUGCUGCAGAUGUCAUUUGUCCAUCGGGAAAUAUCCAUACAACCAGAUCCAUUUUUUAUUGAAUGGCUUGAUGGAUUUCCUUUACUCUAAUUCAUACCAAAGCUGUCCUUCUCAACCAAAGCAAGAGAGGAUCCUGCAUGAAUCAGUCCCAGAAUGCCAUUUUUACAUCACCAAUGGGUGAAGAAAACCUCAUGAAUAACAAUCACAGAGACUCGGAGAGCAUCACUGAUGUCUGCUCCAAUGAGGAUCUCCCUGAAGUUGAGCUGGUGAAUCUGCUGGAAGAACAGCUACCCCAGUAUAGACUAAAAGUGGACUCUCUCUUUCUAUAUGAAAAUCAAGACUGGACUCGGUCCCCACACCGGCAGCAUCAUGCAUCUGGCGCCCUCUCUCCAGUCCUUGCUGAAGAGACUUUUCGAUAUAUGAUUCUAGGCACAGACAGGGUGGAGCAGAUGACCAAAACUUACAAUGACAUCGACAUGGUUACACAUCUCCUAGCAGAGAGGGAUCGUGAUCUGGAGCUAGCUGCUCGCAUUGGACAGGCUCUCUUAAAGCGGAAUCAUGUGUUGGCUGAGCAGAAUGAAGCCCUGGAGGAGCAGUUGGGACAAGCUUUUGACCAAGUCAAUCAACUGCAGCAUGAGCUAUCCAAGAAAGAUGAGUUACUUCGAAUUGUCUCCAUUGCUUCGGAAGAGAGUGAGACCGAUUCCAGCUGUUCCACACCUCUUCGGUUCAAUGAGUCCUUCAACUUAUCUCAGGGCUUGCUACAGUUGGACAUGCUGCAAGAAAAGCUCAAGGAACUGGAGGAAGAGAAUAUGGCUCUUCGGUCCAAGGCUUGUCACAUAAAGACAGAAACUAUUAGCUAUGAAGAGAAGGAGCAACAGCUUGUCAGUGACUGUGUUAAAGAACUUCGUGAAACAAAUGCUCAGAUGUCCAAAAUGACUGAGGAAUUGUCUGGGAAGAGUGAUGAACUGAUACGAUAUCAAGAAGAGAUCUCCUCUCUCUUGUCUCAAAUUGUAGAUCUUCAGCACAAACUUAAAGAACAUGUGAUUGAGAAGGAAGAACUGAGACUGCACCUGCAAGCUUCCAAAGAUGCCCAAAGACAACUGACAUUGGAGUUACAUGAAUUACAAGACAGGAAUAUGGAGUGUCUAGGAAUGUUACAUGAAUCCCAAGAAGAAAUAAAGGAACUUCGUAGUAGAUCUGGCCCUGCUGCUCUCCUCUAUUCCCAAUCAUAUGGAGCUUUUUCUGGGGAAUCUCUGGCAUCUGAGAUUGAGGGGACCAUGCGUAAAAAGUUGAGUUUGGAUGAGGAAUCGUCUCUCUUUAAACAAAAGGCGCAACUGAAACGGGUAUUUGAUACGGUCAGGAUUGCCAAUGACACACGGGGCUGCACUGUCCCAUUCCCAGCUCUCCCAUCCAUUCCAGGCUCCAACCGCUCAAGUGUCAUCAUGACAGCAAAACCUUUUGAGUCUGGUUUACAACAAACAGUGCAAAAAACCCUCCUGAGCCAGAGGAGCAGCUCGGAGGACGGUCCAGGGAACGUUCAGAAGCUGGAUCAACCAGAACCCUCUGAAGACAGUGAUUUGGCUACAGCACUGCAUCGCCUUAGUCUGCGGCGACAAAACUACUUAAGUGAGAAGCAGUUCUUUGCCGAAGAAUGGGAGCGGAAGAUCCAGGUCCUGGCUGACCAGAAAGAAGGGGUUAGUGGCUGUGGCACCCCCACCGAGAGCCUUGCCUCUCUCUGCACUGACCAGUCAGAGACCACGGACUUCAGCAGUACCAGCUGCCUUCGGUGUUUUAUGCCUGAAAAAUUACAAAUUGUCAAGCCCCUUGAAGGAUCACAAACUCUGCACCACUGGCAGCAGCUUGCUCAGCCAAACUUAGGAACCAUUCUUGACUCACGACCCGGUGUCAUCACUAAAGGCUUUACCCAGUUGCCCAAGGAUGCCGUCUAUCACCUCUCAGAUUUAGAAGAGGAUGAAGAAGAAGGUAUCACUUUUCAGGUCCAGCAACCUCUUCAAGUGGAACAGAAACCUACAGAUCCCAAGCCAGUAACAGGAAUCUUUCUACCGCCUGUUACUUCAGCAGGUGGUCCAGUUACAGAAAUCUCUGCUUCAGUUGCAGCCUCAAACCCAGGAAAGUGUCUGUCAUGCACAAACUUGACGUUCACCUUCACCACCUGUAGGAUAUUACACCCCUCCGACGUCACUCAGGUUACUCCCAGCUCUGGGUUCCCUUCGUUAUCCUGUGGAAGUAGCAGUAGCAGUUCAUCAAGCACGGCAGUGAAUUCUCCUGCCACGUCCUAUAGACUCAGCAUUGGUGAAUCAGUCACCAACCGACGAGAUUCCACUGUCACCUGCAGCAGCACCAUGAGCUUGGCCAAACUUCUACAAGAGCGAGGCAUUUCUGCUAAAGUGUACCACAGCCACGUUUCAGAGAACCCCCUCCUUCAGCCUCUCCCUAAAGUCCUGGAUAUCCCUUCCACACCCCCAAAUUCACCAUCUCACUCACCUUGCCCUUCUCCCUUGCCCUUUGAGCCUCGAGUACAUCUCUCUGAAAAUUUUUUGGCCUCACGACCGGCCGAAACAUUCCUCCAGGAGAUGUAUGGCUUGAGACCUUCCCGGAACUCUCCUGAUGUUGGCCAGUUGAAGAUGAACUUAGUAGACAGGCUGAAGAGGCUAGGCAUAGCCAGAGUGAUCAAGACGCCUGACGCCCAGGAACAUGGAAGAAGCCAAGAGGCAGAAAUUGGUCUUCGAAGACCAGACUCUACUGUUUAUUUAAAUUCAGGUAGCAAUUUAUUGAGUGGAUUGAGGAGAAAUCAGAGUCUUCCAAUCAUGGUAGGUAGUUUUGGCACCUCAGUUUGCACAUCCUCACCCAAAAUGGAUAACCUGAAGGAGGAGUGAGGUUCGGCAGUUAACUGAACUCUUACACAAAUUAGCACAUGAAGGAUAGAUUUGCACUGACACACGUAGUCCGGUCUUACUGAAAGAAAAGGAAUGUCGCAGUUGGGCUGUGAAUGUGGAAGAGGAAAGUGGAAGAUUGGAAACAAUUAGGAUGAGGUCCUAGUGAAUGAGGUCUAGUAAAUUGAAAAGUAUAAAUGAAUGGGUCAGGAGUGGAGACAGAAAAGGAACAAAGGUUUAAUACACUCCUUCACUUGUGUUUUUUUUUUUUUUGGUCUUGAAAAUAAAAAGUGACCAGAAAAUAAAUUCAGUAAUAUGGAAGUAUACCAGGAAUACUUAAUUUGCAGCACAUUUACUUCUGGUAAGUAUAAGCAGAGAACACUCCGGAUAGGAGGAGGUGGGAAGAGAAAAGGACCCGCCUUGACUGUUGCCUAGAGAAAGCUGUUCUGGAAGGUUGCUGGGGUAACCAGUCUCUUUACUGAAACACCAGUGAGGUGGCUUUUAUGUUUUCUGUUGAUGUCUGGUUAGAUUACGCCUUCAUCAUAUGGCAAGCUCUCAGCAUUAGCAAGCAAGGUAUUUUCAUAAAAUCAGAACAGUAGAGUCUUUCUGCUUCCUAUUUUCAGGCCUGUGAGUCUCUGGGAGCCCAAACACCACCCAAAUUCCUUUUGUAUUUGUGAUUAAUAAGUUCAUUUUUUAAAUUUGUAUUUUUAUACAACAUCCAAAAGAAACACAACAUUGUGGGAGGUAGGAUUUAUUUUUAAGAAGGAAAUAUGGGUAAAUUGGAACCAACAUAACUUUUUUUCCAGAAUAUUUCUGGAUAAGAGUGGUGGCCAAGGAAUGUGAACAUAAUUGACUUUCCUUGGAGGCUGGACAAGGUUAAAUCAGAAGUACAAUCAGUAGGAAUUAGAGAAUAUUGUAUCUUUACAACUGUACACUUUUGUAACAAGUACAGUUGGCAACUAAACUCUUUCCAAAGUGUGCUAUGCAUAUUUUUAAUGGAAGAUGACAUGUAUUUGCACAAAAAUUCUCAGGCACAUUUAAUUAUUUAUUAUAAGCCGAAGUAAAACCCAGGUGCUUGCUUUGAGACUGAUUUUUUAAAUAAAAAAUAAUUAAAAUACAUCUGCCUUUUUCUAGAUAUCUGUGAAAUUAUAGGAUGAACGUUUUAAUGGGGGAGUCAAGGCUUUUGCUUUUUGAAUGUGAGGUUGUCGUUGGAUGGGAGAUUAUUCCCCAGGAGGUCCAGUAACAUCACAGUGUCUUCUUUGGGCCUUUGGUCUUGGCCAUUAGUCAGUGCCAUUUCUAGGACUUUGGGCCACUUACGAGGUCCCAGUUAUGCAGACACCACAGCAGAAACUCAGAAGUCUUCACACUUAAGACUUAGCAGGUGAGCUAUUUUGGAAGUUUUGCAGUGUGUUUUCUGUAUUUCUUUUCUUCUUCUUUUUUUUUUUAGCUGAUUCUUAAAGCCUUUUUAUUUAUUCUCUAAGAAAGUAAUCUUCCUGUUGCCAGAUCCUAAGAGAUAUCAGGAAGAAAAUGUAGGGCCACAGAGUAGUACAAAAUGUUAAGUUAUGAUAUUUAUCUCUAUUAUAUAAAUAUCUCUAAAUUAAGCAUCUAUAAGUUAAGAUUUUGGAGUGUUCUGUAUCCUUACUAUACUUUUUUAUAACCAAUGCUAAAAUGAUCACUUGGGAGGUGGGUAAGGGGGUGGUCACAGCCAAGUGAGGCACAUCUGAUUAAGGAGAACCAGACGUAAAUUUUUCAAAAUUAGGUUGAUGUUGCUGUUCCACCAAGAAACAUGAUAAUUGUAUACUGGUGCAUGCUUGUCCCUAGAAAUGAAUUCUGUCUUGAAUUGGGUUUUACUGUUUGCUGAAGCUUUCGCCUAAAAUUAUUUUUGGUACAGCCUGAGAAUCCAUUAUACCAAACUUGUGUGCAAAGUAUAGUAAGAAGAAAUGGAGCCUUAUAGCAAGUUCCUCCUCAAUUAUCUGUUACGCUUUAACAUUUUAGUUUUUUUUAUAUCAACUGUGUAUGUACUUUUAUGCCAGUAUAGGAAAUUCCAAUCUUUUUUUUUUUCCCCUCCUUCAAGAAGGUUCUCAGUGAUUAUACCUCAGGUAUUUCUGAGUAUCCUGUUAUAUAGUAGGAAGGAUACCUUCCUAAGCUCAGAAUUAAAGGGUCUCCUGAAUUAUGAUGAUUUCAAAUCUUCUGUUAAUAACCUUAGGCAUGUGUCUUAAGGAAAAGGUAAUGGCCAUUGUUAGUUUUUUAAAAAGUUUUAUACUAUAUGUCCUUAAUUUAACAUGAAUAAACAGAUUUUGACAAAGGGAGGAAAUAAGUUAGAGGCAGCUCAUAACAAGAGCUUCUUUAUGAAGGUAUAUUAUAUAGGGUAUUCAAAGCCUGUUUUGCUUUUCUGAUCACUCUAGGACAUAAUUAGUAGUACUUAUUGGUACUAACAUUGACUUUUGACAUCUGAACUAGAGCUCUGGGUGUUUAAUGGUCCACUCCUUUGAGGUCGAGUGCCUGCAGGCCUAUACUCCAAGUGCGGCACCAUAAUGUCUACACUGAGUGGUUUGCAUUGCGGAGCACAGCUACCUAGGAGUGGCAACCUGCGCUCUGGGACAGCCAGGGAAAUACUGUUGUUUGAUAUCUGGGCUUGACUUUGUCAAACCGCUCUCUGUUGCACCUAGCUUUGCUUUGUCAAAUGUAAAUCAGAUAAUAAACACGAGUAUCUUCUUAAAUUU